AUGAGAAAGGAACUUUUGCGCGGCAUGUUAAAUGCCGAUCAUAUUGGCUUUCAUUUGUACGAGUACGCUAGACAUUUUAUGUCAGCGUGUCGACGUAUCUUAGGCCUUAGUUACAAACCUGUUUUGAGAGGACAAUUGGGCAUAGACUAUGGAGGACGACGAGUUGCUGUUACUUGUAGUCACAUGGCCAUUGAUCUCCAAAGUAUUGAAGAGACACUGGCUACUCAAAAUGUACGUGAUAUGGUCGUGACUCUACACCAAAAGUACCGUGACAAAAAGAUUUUUGCGGGCUGUGACACGAUUGAGAGGUUGAAAGGCAUUCCGUCCAAGAUGUUGGCAUUUGACGGAUUUCUAUCAAGAUGUCCAGAUUUUAUCGGAAAAGUUUUACUCGUGCAAAAAGGAAUACAUCCUCGCGGUCGUGUGAUGGAUUAUUUACAGAGCAAAAAGGAAAUUGAAUUGGCUGUGCAAGCGAUCAAUAACAAAUAUCGCGACGUCGCAAAAGGUGAUGUGAUCGACUAUGAAGAAGUGGACGAGUUUCCUUUUAACGAGCGCUUGGCACUUUGGCGUGUGGCCAAUGUGCAGAUAACAACAGUGCUGCGAGACGGACUUAACACAACGCCAUUCGAAUUUAUUGCCACACACAAAUCGUCGCCCGGUGUCCUGAUCAUGAGUGAGUUUUCGGGAAGUAGUCGCAUGUUAAGUGGUGCUUUGACUGUGAAUCCGUGGGAGUUAGACCAGGUGAUUGACGCUCUCCGAGAUGCCAUGUAUAUGCCUGCGAUUGAACGCGAGCACCGAAGAAAUUGUGAUUUUCAGUUUGUUACAGCAAAUCCUCCGCGUCGCUGGGCUAAGUGCGUCUUAACAGAUAUUGUUAGCGCGCGUAAGAAGGAAGAAUCAUUCGUUUAUAUGGGUACAGGAUUUGGUCUGGAUUUUCGACUAGUGGAAGUCAGCGCACGAUUUCGGAAACUCACCGGACAAGAACUUGCUCCGGCCUAUAGAGCAAGUACGAAUCGUGCAAUCUUUCUAGAUUACUAUCGAACGCUAGCUCCAGACACAUCGACAAUGAUAGGUGUACGAUGGCCUGAUGUACCAUUGAGCGCUUUAUCUACACUGGAACAGCUCUGUAAAGAUCCUCGUAGCACAGUAUUUAUCGUGAGUGGCUGUAGUUGUGACCUGCUCACACAGAAGUUUGGUGGGGUCCCAGGCUUAGGACUUGUGGCAGAGCACGGAUACUUUAUUCGACGUGCAGUAUUAGGGAAUGAUGCCCGAAUCGGACGUCCGUGGGAGCGGCAUGGGGAUCUUCUGCAGGCAGAAGGAGGUCACCAGCAGUGGCGCGUCAAAGCAGAAAAGAUAAUGCAGCUAUACGUUGAUCGCACAAAUGGAUCCGCAUUAGAAUUUCGGAGAAGUGCUGUGCUGUUCCGCUAUGGCAAGUCCGACUUUGAUUUUGGUAAACUGCAGGCAGCGGAGCUUAGAGAACAUCUGGAGGGCGUCUUUGAGGGCUGGCCGCUGAACGUAAUUCAAGGCAAAGAUUAUAUAGAAGUACGACCUGAGGGAGUUGGCAAGGGAAAAUUGGUCGGUCACUUGCUGGAAAAGAUGCAUACCGAUGGAAAACCAGCGGAUUUUGUGCUUUGUAUUGGAGACGACGUGGCCGAUGAGUUAAUGUUUGAACAGCUGAAGACAAUGGUUGCUAAUCAAAAGCUCCCGCAAGAUAAGGUAUUCACGUGCACUGUGGGUCAAAAGCCUUCAAAGGCCGAGUUCUUUGUUGAUGACUACACUGACGUUAUUGAGUUAUUGACGUCACUCAAAGUUGUCGCUACAAAGUCCAAUCGCAAUUAUUCGCUGUCAGAUAUGCAGUCUUUCGUGCGAGAUACACGGCCGUUUUUAUCGUCGCGUGCCAACACUGGAGCAUCAAGAAGCACAAUGUCAAACAUGGCGAUGCGAAGGUCUGCAAGUCGGCACGGACUGUUUAGUCAUUUAACGCCUGUGAUUGAGGAUCAAAUUGUGCCAACUGAUGGCGGUGAAAGCGAAACAAAGCAGCAAGCAUCAAAUCGACACAAAAUUACAUGGCUUAAACGCUUACAGCAGUUUGGUGCAGCCGCCAUCGUUGUCGGAAUAUUUCGAUGGCGCAGCAGGUCAAGGAAUUCUAAGGAUAAAAAGUUAUUAUUGUAUCUGGUGGUGUCAUUUGGAAUUGCGUGGUCAAUUCAGCGUGCGCGAUCAAAAGCACACAAGCAAAUGGCCUGUUAG